AUGGCUUCUAAUUUCGAAGAGGUCGCAAAGCAGUUCAUCGAGUUCUACUACAACCAGUUCGACUCAGACCGCAAAGGACUCGCCAGCCUCUACCGCGACCAGUCCAUGCUGACUUUCGAGUCCGCUUCUGUGUUGGGCGCCAACGCCAUUGUCGAGAAGCUUUCGUCCCUUCCUUUUGAGAAGGUCAAGCACCAGGUCUCCACGCUCGACGCACAGCCCUCGCUCGAAGGCGGCAUCGUCAUCCUCGUAACCGGACAGCUCUUGGUGGACGAGGAGCAACGCCCCAUGAACUACACCCAGGCAUUCCAGCUGAUGCGCGAUCCCACUGGUAACUACUUCGUUUUCAACGACCUUUUCAAGCUGGUCUACGGUUAG